AUGGCUCGCCGAAAGUUCAUCGAUAGGAAGACGGCAACCAACUUCAGACUCGUCCACCGCGCCCAAAAUGAUCCCCGAAUCCACGAUGAUGAUGCGCCGCAGAUGGUCUUUGCUGAGACCAACGCUCCGAAUCAGCGCGAGGAAGACCAGCCCGCUGGCAGUUCACGAGCGUCACAGUAUUCACAGUACUCGGCGGCAACCGGACGGAGCAAGAUCAGAUCACGACGAGACCUAGAGGGCGAGUUCAAGAACAACGUACGCCAGAAUGAGGGAGAGGCCGCCAACUAUGGCGUCUACUACGAUGACACUGAGUACGAUUACAUGCAACACAUGCGGGACUUGGGCUCUGGUGGCGGAGAGGCAUACUUCGUCGAGGCGCCUACAGAAAAGAAGAAGGGCAAGCAGAAGCUGGAUCUCGCAGAUGCGCUGCGGGAUGCUUCUUUGGACGACAGGCAGAGCGACGCAGGGCUCAGCAUUAGCAGCAACAUCAGCAGUGUGAGCGACAUGUUUGGAGAGGAUCUAGCGCCCUCUGAAUUUGUCCGGAAAACCACGUACCAGGAUCAGCAGAAUAUUCCGGAUUCGAUUGCGGGAUUCCAACCAGACAUGGACCCCAGGCUACGAGAGGUACUCGAAGCACUGGAGGACGACGCAUACGUAGACGACGAAGACGACAUCUUCGCCGAGCUAGCAGAAGACGGGUAUGAAGUCGGCCAGCGAGAAUGGGAUGUAUCCGAUUACAGCGAAGAGAAAGAUACCAUGGCCCGAUUUCUCGACGACGGAGAAGACGGAGGCUGGGAGUCAGACGACACAAUCAAGGCUUCAUCGCCAAAGAACAAGUCCAAAUUCAAAACACCGGCAGAACCAACUGAUCCAGACGCCCUCCCCGCACCAGAUGAAGCCCCUGCACCCACCCAGGAAGGCGACCUAGAUUACCUCAAAGAAUUCAGAAAGUUCAAGGACGACGUCAAGUCAGCUAAACCUACAAAGCCCGCUGCACCAUCAGACAUGCAGUCGUCUAUCCUAACAGGUGCGUCGGCCCUGACAGCCGGCGGUCGCAAGAAGAAGCGCAAGGGGGCCCGGACGAGUACGUCCGGAUACAGUAUGUCAUCGUCCGCACUCCACAGGACAGAAGGACUCACGCUGCUCGACCAACGCUUCGACAAAAUCGAAGAAGAGUACGCGGACGACGGUUUUGACUUCCCAGACGACGCAUCCAUGGUGUCCGGCAUGAGCAAGAUGUCUGGUCUCAGCAAGAUGUCUGGUCUCAGCAAGAUGUCUGGUCUCAGCAAAAUGUCAGGCAUGUCUAGGAUGAGCCAGUGGUCGAGCAGCGAGGCGCCGCCACUGCGAUCGGACUUUGACAGCAUCAUGGACGACUUCCUCGGUAACCACCAUGUGCAGGGCAAGCGGAGAGUGAAGAAGGGGAAAGAGCAGAGUCCUCUCGAGCAGCUGGACGAAGUGCGACAGGGUCUUGGGCCUGCGCGAGUGAGCCGACCGAAGACGACGACGGCUUGA